AUGGUGCCCGCACCCCUGAAGCUGAAGCCCAAGGAGGCACAGGGCUACCAGCUGGUCCAGGGCCGAGAAGACUAUGGCGAGGACGGGCCAGAGACGCCCCUGGAGCAGCCCCCGGCAUACCAACCUCGGCCUCCCAGCCGCCUGCGCAAUGUCAACCUCAGGGCUAUCCUCAUCACCAUCAUCUCCUGCCUGCUGGUCUUUGUGGCAUUGCACCUCGCAAUCAACCCCGGCGCCUUCGGCUUCCGUCCCCGCCCGGGCUCGGGCUGUGGCUGCCAGCCGACCCCAAAGGUCCCUCAGUACUUCCAGACCUCCCCGGAGCUGUGGGCUGGGCCUACCGCGACCGGGGCGCCGGCCUUCCUGGCUCAGACGUGGACUCUGAACCCCACGGCGACCUAUGUGCCGAACCAGCCUCUUCAGACGGCCAUCCCCAUCGAGGGCAUGUCGUCCAAGAAUGAGAGCAUCUUCCAGAUGAUGGGCUUCCUCUCGCCCUACACGCCGUCCCCCGGCUUUGGCGUCGACGAGUACCCCCUGCCGGCAGGAGCAGACAUCGUCCAGGUGCAGAUGCUGUCGCGCCACGGCUCACGUUACCCAACCGGAGGCACGGGCUCCAACGUGGUCACCUUUGGCGAGCGGAUAGCUGCGGCCAGGACGGCCGGGUCCGGCUUCAAGGCCUCCGGCCCGCUCGAGUUCCUCAACGACUGGAGCUACGCCCUCGGCGCCGAGAUCCUGGUGCCCAAGGGCAGGCAGGAGCUGUUCGACUCGGGCAUCUUGCACUCGUACAUGUACUCGUCACUGUACAACCCCAACAGCAGAAUCAUUGUGCGGACUACCACACAGGACCGCAUGCUGAAGUCAGCCGAGUAUUUUGUCGCCGGGUUCUUUGGCCUAGAGUGGACGAGGAACGCCACCAUCGAGGUCAUCAUCGAGGAGAAAGGGUUCAAUAACUCGCUGGCGGGUUACAAGAACUGCCCGAAUGGGGAGUUUGACCAUGGUGGGAGAAAUGCCACAGUCGAGUGGGUGCAGAUCUACCUGCAAAAGGCAACUGCCCGCAUCAGCAGCAUGAUUCAAGGGUACGAUUGGACCAUAGAAGAUACGUACGCGGCACAGAAUAUGUGCCCAUACGAAACAGUGGCCUAUGGCUUCAGUCGUUUCUGCGAUCUCUUCACGUAUGAAGAGUGGAUCCAUUUUAGCUACUCAGUCGACCUCUUCUUCUCAGGAGAUAGUGGUUUCCAGUCAAAGACCGGGCGAGCCGUCGGAAUCGGAUACCAGCAAGAAGUGAUGGCCAGGCUGCGGAACCACACCCUGGGUUACUCGGGCUCACAGAUCAACACAACCCUCGACAGCAGCACCGAGACAUUUCCGCUUAACCAGUCCCUCUACCUGGACUUCAGCCACGAUACAAACAUUAUUUCGGUGCUGACCGCAAUGGGUUUGACGCAGUUCCAGGACAACCCGCCCCUGUCGCCCAAUGCGUACCCGGGCCAGCACAACUUCACCGUGUCACACCUGACACCCUUCGGCGCGAGGCUGGACAUGGAGGUCAUCAGGGCGCCCAGGCCCGACGAGGGCGCGGGCGAGACCAAGUACAUCCACUUCAUUCUAAACCAGCGGACGGUGCCGCUAGGAUGGAGCUUCCCCGAGUGCGACGCCAGCAGGGUCGACGGGUGGUGUGAGCUGGAGACUUUCCUGAAGGUGCAGGACGAGAUGCCCAAGCUGGCGAAUUUCGAGGAGACGUGCUUUGGUGGGGCCGAUGUGGCUGAGUGA